UUUUCGAACUUCACUGUCAUCUGAUUGUUGCCAAAAUCCUCUGAGUUUUAUUGUUUUUCCAGACAUUUUCCCGUAGUCUGAGUUCUUUUUACAAGAAAAGUGAGAGAUGGAGAAGCGUGUGUCCAAUGUGUACACGUCCUCAAAGGUGGGGAGUUCAAAUUCCGUGGAUUCUGACUAUUCCAAGUCUUCCUCGCUAAAUUCAAAGCAAGAGACACUGGUGAACAAUGAGACCAGCUUCGUCCUGCUGCCGGGCGAGAAGCGACAUGAUCUGAAAACGGAUGUGACGUACGUUUGCCCAUACAACGGGCUUUCGAAGGGACUACUGACCAUCACAAACUACCGUCUGCACUUCCGGUCGCAACCGGCAUCAGACAAGGAAAUUGCCUUCGUUCUGGACGUACCGUUAGGGGUGGUGUCGCGUGUGGAGAAGGUGGGUGGCGCUAGUUCCCGGGGUGAGAACUCCUAUGGCAUCGACAUUUUCUGCAAGGACAUGAGAAAUCUCCGUUUCGCACACAAGCAAGAGAACCACAGCCGACGCACGGUGUUCGAGAAGUUGCAAAUGUUCGCCUUCCCAUUGGCCUAUAACGAGCGCUUGUUUGCAUUUUUCUACUCAGAGGCUUUUCCGGAGGACGGUUGGACAGUUUACGAGCCCGUUGCGGAACUGAAGCGCCUCUGCGUGAACAGUGACACGUGGCGUAUAACGCGGAUCAACGACGGCUAUGAGAUUUGCGACAGUUACCCGGCAGUGUGGGUGGUACCGAACAAUGCUCCCGAUGAGCUGCUGAAGCAGGUCGCCAGCUUCCGCUCAAGGAAUCGUCUGCCCGUGCUGUCGUGGAUUCAUCCACAAUCGCACGCCACUAUCACGCGGUGCUCGCAGCCUCUUGUAGGCGUCUCCGGGAAGCGCAGCAGUGACGACGAGAAAUACAUCAAUCUGAUCAUGGAGGCGAACGCACGUUCAGAUAAAUUGUCCAUCAUGGAUGCGCGUCCGAGUGCAAACGCUAUCGCCAACAAGGCCAAAGGGGGUGGAUAUGAGUCCGAAGAUGCAUACCAGAAUGUGGAGCUCAUCUUCUUGGACAUCCACAACAUCCACGUGAUGCGCGAAAGUCUGCGCAAGCUGAAGGAGAUCUGUUUUCCUGCAACGGACGACAAAAAGUGGCUCUCGUCGGUUGAAAGCAGCCUCUGGCUCAAGUACAUAAAAUGUGUGUUGAGCGGAGCAGUUCGAAUUGUGGACAAGAUCGAAAACAUGAGCACAUCCGUGGUGGUGCACUGUUCAGACGGGUGGGAUAGAACGUCGCAGCUCACAGCGCUGGCGAUGCUUCUUCUAGACCCUUACUAUCGCACCCUCAAAGGCUUUGAGGUGCUCAUCGAGAAGGAAUGGCUUAGCUUUGGGCACAAGUUCCAGCAACGCAUCGGACACGGCGACAGCCACCACUCCGAUGCCGACAGAUCGCCCGUCUUCCUGCAGUUCAUCGACUGCGUGUGGCAGGUGACGAAGCAGUAUCCGAACGCUUUUGAGUUCAACGAACACUUCCUUAUCACCAUCCUUGAUCACCUGUAUUCUUGCCGCUUUGGCACAUUCCUCUGCAACACUGAACGCGAGCGCGUGCAGGAGGAAUUGAAACGCAAAACGUUGUCUCUGUGGUCGUUCAUAAACUCCUCACCAGAACAGUAUCGCAAUCCGCUGUACGGCGACUUUUCGACGGUUGUACAGACUGUUCUGAAGCCAGUGGCCAGCUCGAGAUACAUCCGCCUUUGGAAGGGUCUCUACUGCCGCUGGAAUCCUAGUAUGCGGGCUCAGGAUCCCAUCUACCAACGCACCAGAGAGCUUCUAGUACUCCAAGAGCAGCUACAGCGCCAAGUAGACGAUUGCCGUUUCGACUCCAAUAACAAGCCCAAUUAUCAGCACACUAGACUUGCCUCGCCACUCCACUAAACCCCAGAGGAGAAAUUUCUUAUUUCCAUUAAACUAAAAUAAAAGAAACAACACACAUUUCGAAAAGAACACUUUUUGUAUAUGAAAAUCAUAAAAAUUAAAAUAGCAUUGAACUGUCUAGAAAAGAUUCGCAGUAAUUUCUAUUAAAGAAAGGAUACGGAUGCUACAGAGAUUC